CAUGCCCAAGAAGGGAGGGAAGCAUGCUGAAAUGGGAAAAGAGACGCAGGCACCAUGUAAACGAGCAAAGGUGGAAGCAGCUUGCUCUCCAUCAGUCAUGAGUUUCGAGAGCCCAGACAGCCUCUUUGGAAGCUUGAUCUCUCCCAUCAAACAAGAGGUGUUUUUCAGGGAGUACUGGGAGCAAAAGCCGCUGCUCGUUCAGAGAAAUGCUCCUCGGCUGGCUGCUUACUACCAGUCCCUGUUCCAGCUGUCAGAUUUGAAGGAACUGUGCAGCCAGGGUCUGUACUAUGGGCGAGAUGUAAAUAUCUGCAGAUGUGUGAAUGGAAAAAAGAAAGUUUUAAAUAAAGAAGGCAGAGUGAACUACAUGCAGCUGAAGAAGGAUUUUGACCAGAAAAAGGCAACAAUACAGUUUCAUCAGCCUCAGAGAUUUAAGGAGGAGCUGUGGAAGAUCCAGGAGAAGCUGGAGUGCUACUUCGGCUCGCUGGUUGGGUCGAAUGUUUACAUUACUCCGCAGGGGUCGCAGGGCCUUCCCCCUCACUACGAUGAUGUUGAGGUGUUCAUCCUGCAGCUAGAAGGCGAGAAACACUGGCGACUCUAUAAGCCAACGGUGCACUUAGCUCGGGAAUAUAAUGUUGAAUCGGAAGACAGGAUUGGGAACCCCACACAUGAAUUUGUAUUAAAGCCAGGUGACUUACUGUACUUCCCAAGAGGGACUAUUCACCAAGCUGACACUCCUCUCGGGACCUCCUAUUCUACACACGUGACCAUCAGCACCUACCAAAACAACUCCUGGGGAGAUUUCUUACUGGAUACAAUUCCCGGCCUUGUGUUUGAGACAGCAAAAGAAGAUGUGGCACUGCGGACAAGCAUACCGAGGCAGCUGCUCAUGCAGGUGGACAUAGCCGACUCAACAGAAAAACUGAGCAGCCUUCUGAGAAGGCUUGCAGACCGUGUGGAAAACACCAGAGAACUGAGAUCAUCCGACAUGAAGAAGGAUUUCAUUAUGAACCGGCUGCCACCUUGCUUGGGAUGUGAGGCUGAUCUUUUGACCCCAGGUGGGAAGUUGCCAAAAAUAGAUAGCAAAAUCAGACUGCAGUUCAGAGAUCAUGCUGUCGUUACGGUGGAACCGGAUCAAGAGAAUUCCGAUGAAAUCCGCAGAGAGAUGGUUUAUGUGUAUCAUUCAUUGAAGAACAGGAGGGAAACUCACAUGAUGGGGACAGAAGAUGAGACUCACGGACUGCGGUUUCCUUUGUCACACUUGGACGCGCUAAAGCAGAUCUGGAGCAGCAGUGCUGUUUGUGUUAAAGAGCUUAAGCUUAUCUCGGAUGAAGAGAAAGAAAACCUUGCCUUGUCCCUAUGGACUGAGUGUCUAAUCGAAGUCAUUUGA